GCAUGACCGAAAUGGCACGCAAGGCCAACCUGAGCCGUGCCAUGAGGACGAUGCAGGAGCUUUUCCCCGAAGAGUAUAACUUCUACCCCCGUUCCUGGAUUCUCCCGGAGGAGUUCGUCAUCUUUGUCACUGAGGUCAACCUGAUGAAGGAGAACAACCCCCGUUGGAAGCCCACCUUCAUCGUGAAGCCCGACGGGGGCUGCCAGGGGGACGGGAUCUACCUGGUGAAGGAGCCCGCGGAGAUCCGGCUGAUGGGCAACCUGCAGAGCCGUCCGGCCGUGGUCCAGGAGUACAUGGCCAAGCCCUUCUUGAUCGACAAGCUGAAGUUUGACAUCCGCCUGUACGUCCUGCUGAAGUCCCUGGAUCCCCUGGAGGUCCACGUGGCCAAGGACGGGCUGUGCCGCUUCUGCACGGAGCCCUACCAGGAGCCGGCCCUGAACAACCUCCACCAGGUCUACAUGCACUUGACCAACUAUUCCCUCAACAUCCACAGCGGGAAUUUUGUCCACUCGGACAGCGGUAACACCGGCAGCAAACGGACGUUUUCCAGCAUCCUGGCCAAGCUGGCUUACAGUGGCGUCAACAUCCGGAAAGUUUGGUCCGAUAUAAUUUCCUUGGUCAUCAAGACCGUCAUCGCCAUCGUGCCUGAGCUGAAGGUCUUCCACCAGUCCGAUAUCCCCGCGGGAAAACCGGGGCCUUCCUGCUUCCAGAUUUUAGGAUUUGACAUCCUGUUGAUGAAGAACCUGAAGCCCAUUUUGCUGGAGGUCAACGCCAACCCAAGUAUGAAGAUCGAACACGAACAAGAGCGUCAUAAAUCAACUCAAAGCUCCCCUUUUGCUCACCUGCCCUCUUCCUCCUCCUGCCCCCCAGGGAUGAGCCUGCAAGGCUUUGUGGAGGCCAUUUGCUUGCUAGCCCAGAGGAGGUACAAGUCCCUCUCGCUGCACGAGCAGGUGGAGCUCCUCCUGGACUACUGCGAGUACAACUUGGCUGCCCUGGAUGAGAAGCGCCUGGCCUGCAGCCGAAGCCUCUCCAGUACCCAAGCCACUCUGGUCACCUGCCCGCAAGACCAGCUGCAGCUCAGCCCGGCCACGCCCGCCUCGGCUGCCUUGCACAGAAGGCAGAAGUUUGUCGACUGCAGGAGCUCCCAGCCCUGA